AUGAUGAGUUAUCAAUGGUGGCCUUAUUUAGUAUAUGCCAUCGGGCUAAUGCUAGGCCUGGGUCCAUCGUAUAUUCAUCCAGAUGAACAUUUCCAAUGCAUCGAAAUUUUGGCUAUGCAAUUCACAAAGGCCAAAGGUACGAUCCCGUGGGAGUUUGAACCCAAAUUUGCUGCUAGAAGUUACGCUCCCUUACUACUGAUUUACGGACCAUUGUUCACCAUCUUAGAAUCUUUUUCCAAGGUUCGGAACAAUCCGAUAUUAAUCCUGUAUUUGAUGAGAUUACAAAACUAUGUAAUGCUCCUGUUGUGCUAUCAUUUUGUGAUACCCAAAUUGAUAAGGAAUGACAGGAAGGCCGUACAAUCUAUCAAAAAAGGUCUACUUUUAACUUCCUACGUAACCUGGACGUAUCAAACACACACGUUUUCCAACUCCAUAGAAACACUUAUUUUGAUGACGACUUUGACCGUAAUGGAAAAUAUGAUGAACGACAAGAAUAUUCAUACAAACAACUUCAAAAAGUCGAUUUUAUUGGGACAUAUGCUUAGUCUUGGCGUUUUUAAUAGAGUUACCUUUCCUGCAUUUAUUUUCUUACCAUGCUUGAUAUUAUUUUGGAAAUUUUACCAGAUUCAUUGGAAAUCCUUUUCCUUAGUUCUAAUUUCAUUUUUAUUUUCCUCCGGUAUAUUUGCUCUUAUUGAUACACAUAUUUUUAAUAACGGAAAGGGACUUGUUAUUACGCCUUUGAAUAAUUUAAAAUACAACCUUAAUGUCCAGAAUUUGCAAUUACAUGGAUUACAUCCAAGAUACACUCAUUUACUGGUUAAUUUACCUCAAAUACUGGGUCCCACAUUGCUGCUAGCGAUUUUGUCCGGUUACAAACUUGAUAAAUUGUCUACUUACUCAAUAGUAUCAGGCUUACUUUUCCUCUCACUUUUCCAACAUCAAGAACUAAGAUUUUUGGUACCGCUACUUCCACUAUUUGUGACGAAUUUAAAUUGGACACCUUUCAGCUCGACGUUAGUAAACAAAAAACUGUUCCAAGGGACUUGGCUAUUUUUUAACAUAAUCAUGGCGUUCAUCAUGGGAAUCUCACAUCAAGGCGGAAUAGUCCAAUUUUUGGCAGAUUUCUACCACUUUAAUACUGAAAAAAUGGGCGUUCACAUAUGGUGGAAAACAUAUUCACCACCGACAUGGAUGUAUAUGAGUGAUAACCUCACCGUUUCUUCUCUUAUUAAUACACAGGAUGGCGUUGAGUCGAUAGAUGAAUCGGCAUUCAGUGUAGGUACCAAUCAUGUAAUAGAUCUCAAAGGCUGUGAUUUGCCACUUUUAGAAGAAACAAUUAGGCGGUUCCGUUUAAGUGGAGCCAUCACCCCACUAACUUUAAUAGCUCCCAAUUCCAUGACAUCGGAGUUGAAAAAAUUAAAGAGAGAUGAAACUGUUAAGUUAACACCCAAAAGACAUUACUUGUUCCAUUUUGAUUUGGACCAUUUUGAUUUUAAUGAUUUCACGACUUUUAAGCCAGGGCUCACCGUGUAUUCCAUCGAACUACUAUAA